AUGGAGCAGCAUCCCGACCCCGAUGAUGCCUCGUUGCACAGCGACUACCGCAUUGAGGACGAUAAUAAUAACCCAAACCUGGACGACUCGCCUGUUCACAAGCUCAACACCCACGAUUUCACUAGUGUAGAGACCCUGCAUGUACCGCAAGCCAACAUCCACGAAUCAAAGAGUGCCGAGACGCUGAAUGCCGCCAAUGACGAGACUUCCCUACCUCCCAAGAAGGCUGCGGAGUGGAGCAUGACACCAGAAGUAAUCCGGAACGCAGAACGUGAUGAAGCAGCCGGAUUCAAGAAGCGCGAGCUAGGUGUUACAUGGCAAAACCUAACCGUUGAUGUCCUUGCUGCCGAAGCCGCCGUCAACGAAAACAUGAUCUCGCAAUUCAACGUUCCUCAAUUGAUUAAAGAUUUCCGCCGAAAGCCGCCCCUCAAAUCGAUCUUGUCAGACAGCCAUGGAUGUGUCAAACCCGGAGAAAUGUUGCUUGUGUUGGGCCGCCCUGGUUCAGGGUGCACCACGCUACUCAAGCUGCUAUCAAAUCGCCGCGAAGGUUAUCACACCAUCAACGGUGACGUGCGUUUCGGAAGUAUGACCUCCAAGGAAGCCGAGGACUACAAUGGCCAGAUUGUGAUGAACACAGAAGAGGAGUUGUUCUACCCCCGCUUGACGGUCGGUCAGACAAUGGACUUCGCAGCCAGGCUCAAGGUUCCUUUCCAUCUACCAGAUGGUGCUCAAGGUAUCGAUGAAUACACAGCCGAGACUAAGGAGUUCCUUCUAAAGUCUAUGGGAAUCAGUCAUACGGCCGAUACCAAGGUUGGAAAUGAGUUCGUUCGUGGUGUAUCCGGUGGUGAGCGGAAGCGAGUCUCUAUUAUCGAGUGUCUCGCAACUAGGGGCUCCAUUUACUCAUGGGAUAACAGUACCCGUGGUUUGGAUGCCAGUACCGCAUUGGAGUGGGCCAAGGCCCUUCGUGCUAUGACUGAUAUCCUCGGCCUUUCCACCAUUGUGACCCUGUAUCAAGCAGGAAAUGGAAUUUACAAUCUCUUCGACAAGGUCCUUGUCCUUGACGAGGGAAAGCAGAUCUACUAUGGCCCUGCAGCUGCAGCUAAGCCUUUCAUGGAAGAUCUAGGCUUCGUGUAUACCGAUGGAGCAAACGUCGGUGACUUCCUCACCGGCUUGACAGUCCCGACAGAGCGAAAAAUUAGACCCGGAUACGAAAACACAUUCCCCAGAAACGCCGAUGCCAUUUUGGCAGAAUAUCAGAAGUCUAGUACUUAUCAUAGUAUGGUCUCAACAUAUGACUAUCCCGACUCCCAACUCAGCCGCGAGCGCACAGAGGCAUUCAAAGAGUCUGUUGCGUGGGAAAAGUCCAAACACCUGCCUAAGGGUAGUAGUCUGACUACUAGCUUUUGGACUCAGCUCAUCGCAUGCACUAAGCGACAGUAUCAGAUUCUGUGGGGUGAGAAGUCAACAUUCAUCAUCAAACAGGUUCUGUCAUGUGUGAUGGCGUUGAUCGCUGGUUCUUGCUUCUACGACUCACCAGACACCUCCGAAGGUAUCUUCACCAAAGGUGGCGCUGUCUUCUUCGCGCUGUUGUACAACUGCAUUGUUGCCAUGUCUGAGGUCACCGAAUCUUUCAAGGGUCGUCCGGUUUUGGUCAAACACAAGGGUUUUGCUAUGUACCACCCGGCCGCGUUUUCUCUGGCUCAGAUCAUGGCGGAUAUUCCGGUUCUGUUGUUCCAGUGUACUAUCUUCGCGAUAGUUAUCUAUUGGAUGUCUAACCUGAAGCAUACUGCGGCUGCUUUCUUCACCUUCUGGAUUAUCUUGUUCUCGACAAUUCUGUGCAUCACUGCUCUCUUUAGAUUUAUCGGAUCCGCUUUCAGUACCUUUGAAGCCGCAUCUAAAAUCUCAGGAACUGCAGUCAAAGGCAUUGUCAUGUACGCUGGUUACAUGAUUCCCAAGCCUGAGAUGAAGAACUGGUUCCUUGAGCUGUACUACACGAACCCAUUUGCCUAUGCCUUCCAGGCUGCAAUGGCGAACGAGUUCCAUGACCGCCAUAUUCCUUGUGUUGGUAAAAAUCUGAUCCCAAGUGGCCCUGGCUACGAGAACGUCGGAGCCGAGAACCAAGCUUGUGCGGGUGUUGGUGGUGCCUUGCCAGGCGCAACCUUCGUGACUGGCGAUCAGUAUCUUGAAUCUCUUCACUACAAGCACUCUCAAAUGUGGCGGAACUUUGGUGUCGUCUGGGGCUGGUGGGGAUUCUUUGCCAUCCUGACGAUUAUUUUCACAUCAUACUGGAAAGCAGGUGGUGGCUCUGGUGCUUCUCUUCUCAUUCCUCGCGAGAAGCUCAAGAACCACCAGGCCGCCAGCUCUGACGAAGAAGCACAACGUAACGAAAAGACUACUGCACGCGAGACUACCGACGAGCCCGUUCAAGUGGACGAUGAAAAUCUCACCCGAAACACGUCGAUCUUUACCUGGAAAAACCUCACAUAUACUGUCCAAACUCCCACAGGCGAUCGAGUGUUAUUGGAUAACAUUCAUGGAUGGGUCAAGCCCGGCAUGCUAGGCGCCCUUAUGGGAUCCUCUGGUGCAGGCAAGACAACUCUGCUUGAUGUUCUUGCCCAGCGUAAGACAGACGGUACUAUCAACGGCUCUAUCAUGGUUGACGGUCGUGAGCUCCCAGUGUCUUUCCAAAGAAUGGCGGGAUACUGCGAACAACUGGAUGUUCACGAGCCAUUCGCAACUGUGAGAGAAGCAUUGGAAUUCUCUGCUCUCCUUCGCCAGUCUCGUAACACCCCGAGGGCAGAGAAGCUCAAGUACGUUGACACUAUCAUUGAUCUUCUCGAGCUGCAUGACUUGGCAGAUACUCUUAUCGGUGGUGUUGGGAAUGGACUCAGCGUUGAGCAAAGAAAGCGUGUCACAAUUGGUGUGGAACUGGUAUCUAAACCUAGCAUUCUGAUCUUCUUGGACGAACCCACCUCUGGUUUGGAUGGACAAUCGGCCUACAACACCGUCCGCUUCCUUCGCAAAUUGGCUGAUGUUGGUCAAGCUGUUUUGGUUACGAUUCAUCAACCUUCGGCGCAGCUUUUCGCUCAAUUCGACACCCUUCUUCUCCUUGCAAAGGGAGGAAAGACGGUUUACUUUGGAGACAUCGGCGAGAAUGCAGCUAGCGUUAAGGAAUACUUUGGCAAAUACGGGGCCCAUUGCCCUACCGAGGCUAAUGCAGCCGAGUUCAUGAUUGAUGUUGUUACUGGCGGUAUCGAGGCUGUCAAGGACAAGGAUUGGCACCAGGUCUGGCUCGACUCCCCCGAGCAGACUCGCAUGAUCGCUGAACUGGAUGGAAUGAUUGCGGACGCUGCUGCCAAACCCCCGACCAAAAUCGUCACCUGGCGGAUGAAUGUCGCGCUUUUCAGGAACACCAACUAUAUCAACAACAAGUUCUCCCUUCACAUUAUCUCCGCCGCACUCAAUGGGUUCUCCUUCUGGCGUCCUAAUCAAAGUGUGGCUGCUUUGAAUCUGAAGAUGUUCUCGAUCUGGAACUUUGUCUUCGUCGCUCCUGGUGUCAUCAACCAGCUUCAACCUCUCUUCAUCCAGCGCCGCGAUAUCUACGAUACUCGCGAGAAAAAGUCGAAGAUGUACUCGUGGGUUGCCUUCGUCACCGGACUGAUUGUUUCCGAGUUCCCAUAUCUCUGCAUCUGUGCUGUUCUCUACUUUGCCUGCUGGUACUGGCCCGUUUGGAGACUGCCUCAUGAAUCGAGCCGAUCCGGCGCCACUUUCUUCAUGAUGUUGAUCUACGAGCUCAUUUACACUGGCAUUGGUCAAUUUGUCGCCGCCUAUUCGCCGAACCCGACAUUUGCUGCGCUUGUGAACCCCCUGAUCAUCAGUAUUCUUGUCAUAUUCUGUGGUGUCCUCGUCCCAUACUUCCAACUCAACGUAUUCUGGCGGUUCUGGAUGUACUACCUCAACCCCUUCAACUAUGUUGUCUCAGGCAUGUUGACCUUUGGCAUCUGGGGUGCCAAGGUCACCUGCAUGGACAAUGAGUUCGCCCGAUUCGAACCGACCAACGGCACCACCUGCGCUGAGUACCUCUCGGAUUAUAUGUCCGGCACUGGCUCCGGUGUUAACUUGCUCAACCCCGAUGCUACCUCAAGCUGCAAGGUCUGUCAAUAUAAAGACGGAAGUGAGUUCCUGAAGAGUCUCCAUAUCAUGAACUACACCACUGGAUGGAGAGAUAUCGGUAUCGCGGUCAUCUUCGCCAUCAGUGGAUAUGCUUUGGUAUUCGGCCUCAUGAAGCUGAGAACCAAGGCUUCGAAGAAGGCCGAAUAG